AUGGUCGACGCCACGGACCGCCCGCUCUACCACGACGUGACCAAGAACCCCGUGUACGCCUUUGUGUACCGCCACAUUUACCCGCUCUUCGUCUCGUUUUACGCCUGGACCAUCAUCGGUUCGCGCACGCUCCUUAUCUCGAGACAACGUUACCGUCGACGCUGUACUAGGGGCCGAGAACGUCCCGACAAAAAGGACGCACGCAUUCUCUUUGUCGGCUACCACUCGAACCACAACUGGGACAUCACGCUCACUGGCAUCUCGGUGCGUCAGAUCAUGGACGAAGUGCCCGUCGGCCUCAUGCACCGCACGCUGGUGACGUGCUGCCCUUGGCUCAAGGCCUUUGGCUGUAUCCAGGGGACGCGCGCCAACGCGCUCGCGGCAUACGAACGCGGCCACCGCGCGUGCAUGGUCAUUCCAGGUGGUGCCGAGGAGGCUCUCAUGGGCCACGAGAAUGCGUACACGGUCAAUUGGCAGUCGUCCAAGGGCCACUUGCGCAAAGGGUUUGCCGAGCUCGCAAUCGACGCCAACGCCGUCAUCAUCCCCGUCGUGGUUGAAAACAUGCAAGAGAUGGUGUUCAACCCGCUCUUCUUCCUCCUCAACAUCACGUACCUCUCCAAGGUAUACGACUACUUGAUCGCGCUCCCAGGCUACAUUGGGUGGCUCUUUCUUCAACUCAAAAUGUGGACAUGGAUGUGGACGGCGAUGCUGCCCGUGCUUCCGAUGCCAGUCAAGGCGUCCGUGAUCUUUGGCAAGCCGCUGCGCCAAGACAAAGGCGAGUCCCCCGAGCAAUAUGCACUGCGCGUGAGCCACGAGUACGCGCGCUUGAUGGCCGCGACGAACCCCGGCGGGCUCAACUACUCGCGGGCACUGCGUGCUCGGUUUGCCACCGUGCCAUAA